AUGCAACUUUUUUCUCGUGUCGUGGGGACAAAAAGUAGCCCGUACCGUAGCAAAACCGGCCAAACCUCAUCGGCGACCAUACCACGUGGUGGCACCGGAAAUCUAGUCAGAAUCCGCAACGUUCAGCUGGUCGUAUCACACGAGGUCAUCGGAUACCUCAUCCUGAACUGCCCGCACCAUGGAUCACAAUGGCGUGAUUUCAUCGGAAACGAUCCACCGACUGUAGACUUGAAAGUUGGUAUCCUCAUCCGUAAGAGGCCUGUCAAUUCAUGAUUAGAUUAUGGUACAGUUGAUGAGCUCUCCCGACUUCCCCCUUUGGGGUAACCCUAGCCGGUCCGUCUUAUUCUAGACUUAGUAAUACAAAUGGAAUUCGUU